AUGCCACGUCAGGUUUUUGUGAUUGCGAUGAUGGAUAUUAUGGCGACAUAUGCGAGCGGGAGGAAGAGUGUUACGAAAAGGAAAGGCCGUGCUCUGGUUUUGGCGUUUGUGACGAGGUCUCUGGAAUAUGCCGUUGCGUUCGAUCUCGCUAUGGAAAGCUGUGUGAGGAGCCCCUUUAUUGUUUUGAGGAAGAAGGAAGCUAUUUCCACGGCGGUGCUUGUGUUCCAUCCCAGAAGACACAUUGUGAAUGUCCAGACCCGGCAACCACCGGGAUAUCCUGCGAAGCGCGACAAGAUUGUACCUUUUAUUGGUUGCCAGAAUGGAGGAGUCUGCAACGCCAUCACUGGCAUCUGCAACUGCGAAGCCCCUUUCUAUGGCUUUCAAUGUAGUCUUGUCAAUGACACUCUUCAGGAUCAUCUAUGCUCCACAGAUACAGAUUGCUUGGGUGGAACUUGUGACGUCUCUCGCGGCAUUUGCACAUGCAAAGAUCCUACCAAAUAUGGCACCCUUUGUGAACAUGAAUACAACUGCACAAGAAGUGGCUGCAAUGCUGUGGUUCCCGACGCUGGCACAUGUAAUAGUACCACGGAACUCUGCGACUGCACUUUUCCUUUCACAGGUAUGGAUUGCACAGAGCUACCCGAUUGCUCGAAAACUCAGACUGUAUUGGCCCUAGUGUAUGCUCUGCAGAAGAAAGCGGCACCUGUACCUGUGCAUCUCCACAUUCCUAUGGUGCGAGUUACCAUUCUAUGGCUCGUUGUGUAA